AUGACAGCCAAAACUUCCUUAUUGCCUCCAAUGGAUUUACAAGAGGAAGACGUACUAGCCCAAGAAUGUAAGAGCUUAAUCUCCUCUCUCCCUAAAGAAAAAGGAUGGAUUUCCUCUUAUCAGUACAAAUAUGAAGGGUUCUGGUAUUCUCCUACACGUCUUCAACAAGUCAUUACAUUACAAAAACACUUCCUUGCUCGGAAUUCGGAUAUUAUUCUUGUUACUCAUCCCAAAUCAGGCACUAUGUGGUUAAAGGCGAUUAUGUUCACUUUAGUGAACCGAAAGAAACAUCUUGUUAAGGAAAAUCAUCCUUUACUCAGCAAGAAUCCUCAUGAACUCGUACCAUUCUUUGAUUUCGAUCUCUACUUGCAUAAUCAAAUCCCCGAUCCAUCCUCCAUUCCCUCUCCUAGACUUUUUGCCACUCAUUUGCCCUAUUUUUCCUUGCCAAAAUCAUUGCAUAAUUCUGCAUCCAAGCAUGUUUAUCUUUGCAGGAACCCUAAGGAUACAUUUGUGUCCUUUUGGCAUUUCAUAAACAAGUUAAGGCCUGAGAAGAAGGGAAGCAGUUCACUUGAUGAGGCUUUUGACAUGUUUUAUAGAGGGGUGAGCCCAUAUGGACCUUUUUGGGACCAUAUAUUAGAUUAA